AUGUCCUCCUGCCCAAUUGUUUUUGCAAUAGUCGAAGAAAAAGAUACAGGGAUAUUUAUUUGUGCAAUUAUAAAUUACCUUGUGACAUUACAAAAUAAUUUCUUGCAAGAAAUCACAAAAAUUCCAAAUGGAUCUUGUAAAUCAUUAAAAUUUUUAGAAAAACCACCUCAAGUUGAUGUGGGAUCAACAUCCAGUGAUGAUAGUAGUAGUAGUUCAACAACAGCUCAAGCCAAUAAUCCACAAGUAUCUAAUCAAUAUUAUAUACAAUCAUCAAGAGCAAGCCAAUUAAGAAAAUCAAAUGUAAUUGAUUAUGAGUGGGAUGAAGAUAUUCUUCAAUAUAGUCAAAGAAUCCUUGCUAUUGGACGUGGUGAUGAUGUUAUUUAUGACUUGCAAAAGAUUGAACUUGAACUUGCACGUUGGUUGGUAUUUGAUAAAGCAUAUAUUGAAACUGUACAAGAUUUACCAUUAUAUUUAGAACCAUUUUCAUACCAUAUGGAAUUGUUCCAAGGAUAUUCGAGAAUUCUCAGUGACAUUAAAAAUAUAAUUCCACAAGAACCUAUUCCUACUGAAAAAAUAUUAUUGAUUAGAGGAGAAGCAGGAAACAUAAAUAAUAAUAUAUUUGUAUCAUCAACACAAUAUACAAAUAAUUAUGUUUUAGAUGAUGCAAGUGACAUUUUAUCAUCACUAGAAGUACUUUUAUGUUUCGUUAAGCGCAAUGCAGUAGGGCAGGAAGACACAUUAAUACAAGAUUAUGUGGCACAAUGGAUGAAGUUAUCAUCAUUGACGACAAAACCUACAUUUGCAAAUUUAUUAAAUGCAGGUCUAACCUUAAAGCAUGUAGUAGCAUUAUAUGAAUUUGUAGAAGAACAGGUGGCCAACAGAGUGAUUGAAAAUUGUCUACGUAUAAGCGUACCAAGAAAAAGGUCACUUUCCUCAACCAGAAAAAAAGACAUUCAGAAUUGGAAAAAUGAGAAAUGA